AGGUCCACCGGACACUCUGUCUAUCCCCGUCUCUACUUUAGAAACACCCCUUUAGCAUUGAUGCCCACCUCCUCUUGACAACUCAUCCCACCUGAGAUCUCCACCCACACUCCCACAUUAUCUCACACCUAUGUCUUUGCGACAGGUGGACAGAGGUGGCAAGCAGCUGAGUUGACUUUACCAACCCGGUUCACGGCUUGGUAAAGAUCCCUUGAGUGGAUUCGUCUGUUGACGUUCUGAAAUCCUGUUUCGUCUUUGAACUGACUCUCUGAGUGUUUUUGGUCAGCUGAGUUAGCUGACUACUAAAGGGAGAUCCUUUUUUUGUUAUUUUUGGGUGUUUGAAGAGGACCGGAAAGGUACACGUUUACCUUUUCUAGACCUUGAUUUAUUUUUAAAGAACCUUCUUCAUCUGGUGGAGAGCCUCAAGUGAACAGUCACCAUGUGGGAGUUCCGGUCCAUGAAUUUUUGGCGGGCGGUCUUCGCAGAGUUCUUCGGGACCAUGUUCUUUGUAUUUUUCGGCAUGGGUGCCGCCCUGCGUUGGACCACUGGGCCUCAUCAUGUCCUCCAUGUGGCCCUGUGCUUCGGGCUGGCAGCUGCCACUCUCAUCCAGUCCAUCGGCCACAUCAGCGGCGGCCACAUUAACCCUGCCGUUACCUUUGCCUACCUUGUUGGCUCACAGAUGUCUCUUUUCCGCGCCAUUUUCUACAUGGCCGCCCAGUGCCUGGGUGCUGUAGCCGGGGCUGCUGUGCUAUAUGGGGUCACACCUGGCAACAUGAGAGGCAACAUGGCAAUGAACACGCUGCAGCCGGGCAUCAGUCUGGGAAUGGCCACCACUGUGGAGGUUUUCCUCACCAUGCAGCUGGUGGUGUGCAUCUUCGCCGUGACUGAUGAGAGGAGAAAUGGACGCCUGGGAUCUGCCGCCCUAUCCAUCGGCUUCUCUGUCACCAUUGGACACCUCAUGGGGAUGUACUACACCGGUGCUGGAAUGAACCCUGCUAGGUCCUUCGCCCCUGCUGUGCUCUUCAGGAACUUCAUCAACCACUGGGUGUACUGGGUCGGGCCUAUGAUAGGAGGUGCAAUGGGCGCCCUUCUGUACGAUUUCAUGCUGUUCCCACGCAUGAGAGGUCUGUCCGAGCGCCUGGCCACACUGAAGGGCAGCCGGCCCCCCGAGAGUGAGACCCAGCAGGACACCCGCGGAGAGCCCAUCGAGCUCAAGACGCAAGCCCUAUAAACCUGCCUCUGCCCCCUUCUCCGACUGGGGCCGAGGGAUGAGGGACAAGGCCCUGAGCUACGCCAACCCCACCUCCACUGCCACCCCCCACAACAUGCCUUCACACACAACACCGCACAAGACUAACCCAAAUACUCACAUCUAGACUAACACACGAUAAGAUUAUUUUUUCCACUGUAAAAACACAAACAGGUUCACAACCUUCAACCUCAACACACAACAAGACUCCUCUACUCCCCAGUCCUCACUCUGUAUUCUGAACUGCACAUUGUGUUUUUGAUAAAUGGUGACCAGAGCUUGAACCAGCAGCCGCCUCGUCUCUCCGCCGACCUGCCUGCUUCCUCCUCUCAG